CCACAGCUUGCUGCAGCAGGGGGGGCAACGGACGAGUCUCAGCCAAGGGAGACAAAAAAACCCUCCAGUCAGUCAGGAAGCCAUCACGUAAAGCAGAGACUAAAAACAUAAUCUGGAGGAUAUCGCUGCCCUUGAUCGCCAGACGGAGUGGAUCUCUGAGGAUACGCUGACGUAAAAAAAGAGCUAAAGGCUAACAGUCGACCCUCAAAGCUACCCGACGGCCGUGGAUGCGCUGCACGCCCCCGCGUCGAACCGUACGUCCUGAACUCCGAGCGUAGAGGAAGCCUUCGCCGUCCCGGGAGAGAAAGCUUGUGAUUGGCUGUCGGGCAGACAUGGGCAGGAAGUGGGCGUCGGGCGUCGGCCCCUGGCUGACGAUGCUCCUCGUUCACCUGACGUCCGCGCUGGAAGUGCCGCUGGAUCCUAAAGUACUGGAAGGAUUGCCACAGCCCCCCACCAUAACGCUGCAGUCGCCCAAAGAUUACAUCUUCGACCCCCGGGAAAACAUCGUCAUCAUCUGUGAGGCCAAGGGGAAGCCUCACCCAAGCUUCUCCUGGACCAGGAACGGCUCUCACUUCGACGUGGACGUGGACUCCAAGGUGCUGAUGAAGCCCGGCUCGGGGACGCUGGUCAUCGACAUCAGUGGAGAGAAGGCGGAGGCCUACGAGGCCACCUAUCAGUGCCUGGCUCACAACGAGCACGGCACCGCCCUGUCCAAUGACAUCGUCGUGCGGCAGUCCAGUGAGUCAACCUUUUUCUAAAUUAAAUUGACCAUCAUUGGCAGCAGUUUGUUAUCUAAGUGUUUUGUUGCACCGUCAAUAUUUCUAACUUCCUGUUUGGCGUUUCCAGAGCAACCGGACCCCCCCUCCGACCUUGAGCUGACGGACCAGAUGGACCGGAGCGUCCAGCUCACCUGGAUCCCCGGGGACGAACACAACAGCCCCACCCAGAAGUUCGUGAUCCAGUACGAGGACCUGCUCCACCAGCCCGAUGUGUGGGUGAACCUGACGGAGGCGGCGGGCUCCGGCACCACGGCGCGCCUGCAGCUCUCCCCCUACGUGUACUACUCCUUCAGGAUCCUGGCGCAGAACCACGUGGGCUUCAGCCAGCCCAGCCGCCCCUCGCGCCAGUACCGCACCAACCCCGCCGCGCCCGAUGUUAAUCCGUCAGAUGUACAGGCAUCCGGGACAGACCAUAAUAACCUGGUCAUUUCUUGGAAGCCGCUCACCGGCCUCCAGGCCAACGGCCCCGCGCUGCGCUACAAGAUCCUGUGGCGGCAGAAGGACGCGGACCAGGAGUGGGUGGAGGAGACGUUGGCCAACGCGUCGCGGCACGUGGUGACGGACACCCCCACCUACGCGCCCUACGAGGUCAAGGUGCAGGCCGUGAACGACUACGGCAGCGGGCCGGAGCCCCAGCUGGUGCUGGGCUACUCUGGGGAGGACUUACCCUCGUCCGCUCCUGAGGGGGUGCAGGUCAUGGUUCAUAACAGCACCCUGGCGGAGGUGCACUGGGAGCCCAUCUCCUCUUCCACGGUGCGGGGAAAGCUGCAGGGAUACAAGGUGUACUACAAGCGCGAGCGGGGCGUGCACGAGACGGAGGCGGAGGCCCCGGAGGGCGCGGCCCCCCAGACGGUGACGUUCGGCGGGGACCUCAGCGAGGGCCGUCUGCCCGGGCUCCGGCCCUACAGCGUCUACGACCUCCACGUCAGCGUGCUCAACGGCAAGGGCGAGGGGCCCCCCAGCCCCAGCAGGAGCUUCAGCACCCCCGAAGGAGUGCCAGAGCAGCCUGGCUUCCUUGAGAUCUCCAACCCCAACGUGGACUCCCUCACCCUGGAGUGGGGCCCGCCACUCAACCACAACGGCCGUCUCACCGGCUACACCCUCAAGUACCAACCCGUCAACAGCACCAGCGAGCUGGGCCCAGCGAAGCUCAUGACCAUAGCGGCAAACCAGACCUCCGUCACCCUGGUCAACCUCAAGUCCAGCACGCUCUACAAGUUCUACUUCUACGCCACGACAAUAAAGGGCUCUGGGCCCAGCAUCACGAAAGAGGCCUUCACCGUCAUGGACACGGCUCCCUUGCUGCCCACUGUUGAACCGGGCCAAGGCCCCACCGAGCCCCCACUGCCGACCCCCUCCCCCUUCACCCCGACAACACGCCCCCCCGUCCUCAAGGCGCGUCCACCGGGGCCUGUGUUCGGCCCGCUCAACGCCACGGCGUCCGAGGACGGCGCCAUGCUCAAUUGGGAGUACUUUGGACAACCUAGGAAUAUAUUUGUGGAGUACACUGUGGAACACAGUAAAGAGGAGUGGAAAAGGGAGGCGGUCAAUAGCUCCGCCCAUUCGUUCACGAUAAAGGGCUUGAAGCCGGGGGUGUCCUAUAAGGUGCGUGUGGUAGCUAGGGACCCGGUGACGGACUCCAUGGUCCACAGCACGGAGGAGGAGCUAGUCUCGGUACCAGCUGUGGCCAACCGGCAGGUGGACAUUGCCACGCAGGGCUGGUUCAUCGGGCUGAUGUGCGCCAUCGCCCUGCUCAUCCUCGUCCUCCUCAUCGUCUGCUUCAUCAAGAGGAACAAGGGAGGGAAAUACCCAGUGAAAGAGAAAGAGGAGGCUCACCAAGACCCCGAGGUCCAGCCCAUGAAGGAGGACGAUGGCACGUUUGGAGAGUACAGGUCAAUAGAAAGCGACACGGAGGACAACAAGCCGCUGAAGGGCAGCCGCACGGCGUCCAACGGGACGGUGCGGCGCGACGAGAGCGACGACAGCCUGGUGGACUACGGCGAGGGCGGCGACGGGCAGUUCAACGAGGACGGCUCCUUCAUCGGCCAGUACAGCGGCAAGAAGGAGAAGGACACGCACGAGGGCAACGAGAGCUCCGAGGCGCCGUCGCCCGUCAACGCCAUGAACUCCUUCAUCUAG